ACGCAGAAUCUAGAGGAGAUCCACGACCUGAUCCUCGAUUUGAUGCCGUCAAUGUCAUAGCUCUCGCAAUUCAGAAUGAUUAUGAUUAUGUGACUGAAGUUUAUGUGCUUUUGUAUAGCAAUGCUGGAUUUUGUCAGAGGAGUCAUGAUGGGAUAUUUGGGUUUAAAGUGUUUGUUUUCGAUGAGGAAAAACACUUAUUUGGUCAGUAUGGACAUUUUAUGUUCUCUUGAUCCUGAUAUUUUAAUGGGUUGGGAUGUACAAGGUUGUUCUCUCGGUUUUCUAGCUGAAAGAGCUUCAUAUCUCGGCAUAGGAUUGCUUAAUAAAAUAUCAAGGACACCAUCUGAAACAAAGAUAAAAGCUGAAGAAACUAACACUUCUGAGAAGGGUUUAGAAGAUGAAUUGCUGCUUCAGCCAUUGGUUGCUGAUAAUGUUGUCACUGAAGAUGCAAUAAUAGAGGAUGAAUUUUGA